GAUUUUCUUUCCCGCCGCCAUGUGACUGCCAUCAUAAGACUGGCCCGCCUCGCUUGUAUCCAUCGUAUGCGACACCGACAUGUAUCUCAGGAGCUAUCACUCGGACUAUGUUUCCUGCUCGGCUCGUUGUCGCGAAAGUGAAGGUUCCAUGCGCCGCGGCACUGCCUCCUCCUGAGCACUCGGAUUUAAUUUGCCCGGGCUAGCACUGCUUCGGAUGCGGAAGCAAAUUUCCAGCGAACAUCCGAGUGUCUGUUCAUAAGCGAGGCCUGCGAGAGGUCCCUUACCAACCUCCUCCUUCUCAGGGAUUCGGAGCUCGGGAGAACUUGGUGGCGCAGUUAUAGUGACAGAAAAUCAACAUGGAGUUUAUGGCUAGCUCAGUGGAUGCAGAGGUGUCUUACCCUCAUCAUACUGAUCCUACACCAGUAUUCCUUCAUGCAUGCGUAGGAGACGCAUCGUUCGCCGCAUCGUUGUGCCUGGUCUGCAAGACCGCACACGAGUGGCUGAAGCCUGUCCUGUACCGCACGGUCGUCCUCUCCUCCUCGCGGCAAAUCAUCGCCUUCGAGCGCACCCUCCUACUCUCCCAUCCCUCCAUCGCUACGACCGUGCGGCACCUCUGGCUCGGCCCCAGCAGCUCGCACGUAGAGCGCGACCUCUCCUACGCCUCCACCGCCUGGCCCGUCACCCUGCUGCACCAGAUCCUCGCGCGGUGCACCUCCCUCCAGAGCCUCGCCAUCGUCAACUUCGCGCAGCACCUCAUGUACCGCAUCGCCGGCGUGAUCCCCGCGAGCGUGAUGUCCAUCCACGCGGGGCCCGUGCACGGACACCUCGACGUCCGCCACCUGCGCUGCGCCGCGAACCUGCGGAGCGUGACGAGCAUGGACACGUACCUCUCCGACUGGGAGGUGCAGGAGCUCGCGGGCGCGCCGUUCCUCAAGAGCCUCCGCAGGUUCUACAGCGCCCGCACGGCGAUCGAGUACGCGUUUGACCAGCUCGCGGCGGUGCGCGGCGCGCCGGGCCUGGAGACGAUGGAGGUCCUGUGCUGUACGGGAGCGGCGGAUAUCGGGGGCACGCUGGAGACCCUAAAGGGGAUCGCGAAAGGCCGGGAGGGGAGCGAUGACGAGCGGGUGGUCAUCACUGCGCGGACGGGCCGUGGUAGAGAUGGCCUUGCGGAUGGUACCCGCGCGUUUUACGACGACUGGGUUGACAGCCUUGGCAACCAUGGACCUAGCUGUCCCGCAAGCGGCCUAUAUCGCAGCGUGAGUGCUUCCUGAGGUAGGUCAUGAUUCGGUGCUCAUCCCAACCGUCUUGCAGGUUUCGUGGAGGGUUGCGUCAUCUUCUGACAAAGAACCUGAUCCCCCUUUUGAGUGACGAUGUUCUGCUACACGGUAUGUUAUUAUAAAGCUAUAGCAUCUGGUUUUGCAUCAUGUUUUACUGUAUCUUUGACUUCUUAAUGACGAGUUGGCGGGUUUUGGAUUGGGACUUCGCGCGCGAUCCUACACAAGAAUUCGUUUCGCAGUCGUGUUGCUGUAGUGUAAUUCUGCUGCUCACUAUCUGAUGCCUGAUGGGGCUGGCUUGGGGCUGGCUCAUGAUCGUAUAUACUGU